AUGAUGCAGUGCGACGAGCUCAUCUCGUCGCUCAUCCUCCGCAAGGACGGCGGGGGCGUUCCCAGGGCCGCCGCGGGCGACGCUGGGGCGGUGGCCAACGGCGCGCCCAAGGAGAAGAAGGAGAAGGAGAAGAAGCCCGCCAAGGAGGUGAAGGAGAAACCCAAGUGGGGAGAACCUGGUGCGAAUAAGGCUGCGAAGGAGGCCAAGAAGAAGGAGAAGGCCCCCGCAGAGCCCGUGGCGCCCACCGUGGAGACCCCCUGGGGGGAGAAAAAGGACAUGAGCCUGCCCAUGGCCGCCGGCUACGACCCGGUGGCGGUCGAGAAAGCGUGGUACGGCUGGUGGGAGAAGAAGGGGUUCUUCAUCCCCGACGUCGAGGCCGCCAAGAAGCAGCCGCAGGACAAGAAGUUCGUGAUGGUGAUUCCGCCGCCGAAUGUGACAGGGUCCCUGCACCUUGGCCACACCCUCACCUGCGCCAUCGAGGACUCGCUCACGCGAUGGCAUCGGAUGUGCGGCAACAGCGCGCUGUGGGUGCCGGGCACCGACCACGCCGGGAUCGCCACGCAGAGCGUCGUGGAGCGCAAGCUCUACAAGGACCAGAAGCUCACGCGGCAUGACCUCGGCCGAGAGAAGUUCCUGGAGAAGGUGUGGGAGUGGAAGGAGAAGAACGGGAAUCACAUCUGUGGGCAGCUCCGAAAGAUCGCCGCCAGCGUCGACUGGACUCGGGAGCGCUUCACCAUGGACAAGAUGCUGGCGAGGGCGGUGGAGGCGGCAUUCAUUCAGUUCCACGGCAAGGGGCUGAUCUACCGCUCCAAUCGCCUGGUGCACUGGUGCCCACAUUUGAGGACGGCCUUGUCUGACCUGGAGGUAGAUCACGAGGACAUACCAGGCAAGACUUACGUGAGUAUCCCUGGCCUGGACUCGAAGGUCGAGGUGGGGGUCCUGUGCGAGUUCAAGUACAUGGUGAAGGGAGAGAAGGACGCGGCGCUGGUCGUGGCGACCACGCGUCUCGAGACCAUGCUGGGAGACUCCGCGGUGGCGGUGCACCCCGACGACGACCGCUACAAGGCCUACCACGGCAAAGAGCUGGUGCACCCCUUCUUCCCGGAUCGCAAGAUGGUCGUGAUCGCGGACACCAUGGUGGACAGGGAGUUCGGCACCGGGUGCGUGAAGAUCACCCCCGCGCACGACCACAACGAUUUCAAGGCUGGUCAGAGACACAAUCUCGAGCAGAUCAACAUCCUGAACGAGGACGGCACCAUCAACAAGCUGGGGGGGCCCUUCUCCGGCCAGCACCGCUUCAAGGCGCGAGCCACGGUCGAGGAGGCCCUGAAGGAGAAGGGCCUGUGGGUCGGCAAGAAGUCCCACGCCAUGCGCCUCGGCUUCUGCUCCCGCUCGAAGGACAUCAUCGAGCCCUUCCUGAAGCCGCAGUGGUGGAUGAACUGCAAGGAGCUGGCGGACAGGAGCGUGAAGGCGGUGAGGGAAGGCGAGCUGAAGAUCAUCCCUGAGUUCCAUCACCAGACGUGGUAUUACUGGCUGGAGAACAUCCAGGAAUGGUGCAUCUCCCGCCAGCUGUGGUGGGGGCACCGAAUCCCCGCCUACCGCGUGAUCGAGCCAGCCCAGGACAAGGAGGUGUGGUUCGCGGCCGCCAGCAUGGAGGACGCCGUGGCCCAGGCAGAGAAGGCUCUGGGCGUCAAAGGCGUCAAGCUGGAGCAGGACGAGGACGUGCUGGACACGUGGUUCUCCUCCGGCCUCUUCCCGUUCUCCGUCUUCGGGUGGCCGGACAAGACGGAGGACAUGAGCGCGUUCUUCCCGACCUCGCUGCUCGAGACUGGGCACGACAUCUUGUUCUUCUGGGUUGCGAGGAUGGUGAUGAUGUCCCUCGGCCUGACGGACAAGCUGCCCUUCCACACGGUCUACUUGCAUGCAAUGGUCCGGGAUGCGCACGGGCGGAAGAUGUCCAAGAGCCUCGGGAACGUGAUCGACCCGCUCGAGGUCAUCGAGGGCAUCGGGCUGGAGGAGCUGCACAAGAAGCUCUACGAGGGAAACCUGCCCGAUAAGGAGAUCGAGAGGGCGAAGGAGGGGCAGAAGCAGGACUUCCCGGACGGCAUCCCCCAGUGCGGCGCGGACGCGCUGCGCUUCGGGCUCCUCGCGUACACCCUGCAGGGGCGCAACGUGAACCUUGAUAUCAACCGCGUCGUGGGGUACCGGCAUUUCUGCAACAAGGUCUGGAACGCGACGAAGUUUGCCCUGCACUACAUGCCGGAGGGCUUCAAAUCCUCAGGCUCCCUGGACCUCGGCGGGCUCGCGUGGGAGGACAAGUGGAUCGUCUCGAGGCUGAGCAGCUUCGCCAAGAAGGCCAACGAGGGCUUUGCCGCGUACGAGUUCGCGAACGCCACCACGGCCUCUUACAACUUCUUCCUGUACGAGCUCUGCGACGUGUACUUGGAGUUGCUCAAGCCUCGCUUCCAAAGCGAAGCUGCGAGCGACGAGGUCAAGAAGGACCGCGAGGUCGCGUGCAACGUGCUUUACCUGUGCCUCGACUGGUCCCUGCGUCUGAUGCAUCCCCUGCUGCCGUUCCUCACCGAGGAGCUGUAUCAGCGAUUACCACCGUCGCCGAGCAAGGCAGAGAGCGUCUGUAUUGCUAGAUAUCCGACCUACGAUGCAUCAUGGGACAACAGCGCGGUGGAGAAGGAGAUGGAGAUGCUCAGCGAGAUCGCCAAACAGGAGAGCGCGUAG